AUGUCUGAACUUGUGAGCGCUCUCGUGUUGAAACCAGACAUCUCAAAACCCCGUUGGGAUCAGAGCACGUUCACGGGUAGAGCCAAGGUUUUCUCAGGCCUUCUUUUGAAACAAGAAAAAGAAAAAGAAGUUUUAUGGCUAGCUCAAAAAAUCAAAAUUUUUCCACAUUGUGUAGAGAAAUUGCCUAAAGAUCUAGUUGAAAAUUGUGAAAACUUUGACUUUGUGCACAAGACGUGUCUAAUUCGCCACCGGUUCAAAGAUAUGAGAAAUUUGAGGUCUUUUUUGACCUUCAAUGAGUCUGUUUUUUCGAGUCGGAAGUUUUGGAUGUUAAAAUUUGUGAAAUCUCAGAGUGUUAUUUUGUCAAUCUUCAAAAGAAGAUGAAAAAUUGGUUUCAAACUUUAAGAUCAGUUUGAAAAUCAAGAGGUCUUUAAAAAAAGGAUAAUAUCGAACUUUUUUUUUCAACCGGAAAAAUCCCGGUCAAUUUCGAUUUUUUCAGCAUUUCUUCGCUGUGACGAGUCCUUUGAACUUGUUUCACUCCGAUGGCACUUUGGAUCAUUUCAAAACUGUUGUCGAUGAUUACAAGUUCAUGGCCAGAACAUUAUUGAAGAUGAUUGUUUGUUUAGAAAAGGAAAUUUUGCCUCAUCGCUGACCGUUUCACAAUUGUGGAAGGCUAAACACGUCGUAGACUCAGCUUUUCAUCCUGUCACAGAAGAAAAAAUGUUUUUGAUUGGCAGAAUGUCGGCGCAGGUGCCAAUGAACAUGGCGAUCACCGGAGGAAUGCUCACCUUUUAUAAGUUUGUUUUCUGGUUAAACACAGGUUCCAAACUCAAAUUGAAAUUAUCGUUUAGGGAAAAUUGGUUAGUAAUUUUCAUUUUGAAUAUUGUAAAAAAAAAUAAACUUUUUUUCGAUUGAUCAUUUUUUCACGGCUAGCUUGGGGUUAUAUUGAGCUUUCAAAUUGUUUUGGUAUUGCAAAUAGUUGCUUAAAGGCAUAGGGGCAGUAAAAAACGGUGUUUCAGUUCAAAGCAGUACUUUGUAGAGCUUUUCAUUGCAAAUCGAACGGUGAACUUAGAAACGUAUCAAAUUUCCUAGUUUUGGAAAAAAAAAAAAAUUCAAAGUCGGAGAAAGCAAAGCUUGAUUUCCCGCCAAAAGGGCGCUUUGCAGUAAAGUUGCUCUAUGGACAACAGGUGGUAUGAAAAAACCACCAGCGAAAGUUCGAACGGCGACUUUUCCGAUUUUUUCGUAUCGCUAGGGAACUUUCCGACGGAUCCCUUUCCGACUUUUUUCCCUUAAGUUUUUCGGUUUAUAAAACAUCUAUAAACAUUGUUUUUGUCUAUUUCUUUGUGUUUUAAUCAUUAACCAACUAACUUCUUUAUAUAGGAAGAUUUAAAACGAAGAUUUUAUCGAGAAAAAAAGUCGUAAAAAGAUUCGUCGGAAAGGUGGCCGUCGGAAAGUUCCCUAGCGAUAUGAAAAAAUCGGGAAAGUCGCCGUUUGAAUUUUCGCUGGUGUUUUUUCAUACCACCGGACAACAGGCUACGCCAUUUUCCGGAUUUUCGCUUUUUUCUUCGUUUCUUUCAAUUUUCAAUUUUUUCUGUUGCCACAAAAGUUCUUUUUGUCACAAAAGCUUUCUAUUCAUGUAUAAUUUGCAAAUUUUGAUUGAAAAAAAGCUUUUCUGGUGAAAAAUGAUGAUUUUACACAGGUUUCGAUUGGGAUAGUGAUAUUUUGUGUUUUCUUUAUUAUCGUUGUGUGUUUUCUGUUUUCUUAAUCAAUUUUUCAGAGAAGAAACCCUUAAUUUGAAGCAGUUUUUUGUUUGACUAAAUCUUUUUUUCUGAAAAGAAAUCUUCAAUUUGACGUAGAUUUCCGGUUAUUUCACUCAAAAUGCGAGUCUAUUGAUACGUCCGCAACAUCGCGUGCACGGCUACUGUGAACAGUUGUCUGCAUACCGAUCCAAAGUUUUUUUCAAAAUUAAUGGCGGGAAAGUAAAAUCGCGUUUUUCUUCUAAAGUUGUCACACCUGUAAUUUUUUUGAGUACACCAUUCGAUUUGCAAAGAAAAACUAUACAAGAUACUGCUUUCACCGGAAACCCCAUUUUUUUACUGCCCCUAUGCCUUUAAAGCUAGUUGAAACAAAUUUGUUCGUCAAAACUUUCAACGCAUUUUGACCAUCGUUAUUUUUUGAUCAAAAUGAGGAGCGUUUUCAAUUGACUACGAAAAUACUUUUUCGCGUCAAUUUUUGCGCUGAAAAAAUUUUACCGUCCCGCCUAAGACAUUCUCAAAAACUUUUUCAGGUCUCCUUCCGCCGUUAUCUUUUGGCAAUGGCUGAAUCAGUCUUUUAAUGCAGUUGUCAAUUAUACCAACCGUUCGGGUGAAAGUGGCUCAGUUAGUCAGGUUAAAAUAAAAAUUCGUCAUUUUUAUGAGUCUCCAUUCUAGCUUUUGGGAUCUUACUGCGCAGCAACCGGAGGAGCUCUCACCGCAGCUUUAGGGCUUAAUUCACUUGUGAAGGUUAAAGAUCAACUUAAAGAGAAUUUCAAACUUCUUUUUCAGAAGGCGCCGCCACUAAUCGGACGAUUGGUUCCAUUUGUUGCCGUCUGCGUCGCUAAUGCCAUCAACAUUCCUAUGAUGCGUAGUGGGUAGGUUGAGGCUGAAAAGUGUCAAAUCAAAAUAAGGACAAAAAAACUGUCAGUUUUAAAAAAGGGCAAGGAAGUUCUUUUCACAUUUUCUGAAAAAAUUUUUAGUGGCCUCCAAAGAGGCUCGCCAAGAACUUUUUUGGAGAGGACCCUGAAGUGGGCACUAAAACCACCUUUUUAGUGGCCACUGUAGAGGCCCCUUCAGUGGUUUUCUAUCCAGAAUUUUUUUUUUGGGUUUUUUCCUAGCAUUGUACCCCUUAAAACUCUGAAUGACGAGGUUCUGGUCAGGAACUUUCUUUCCAUCAUCUGUACGGAGCGAUUACAUUAAUAAAAUUAAACAUGUCACGUGCUUCAAAAUGUUAUAUAACUUCAUCCGGUCAAUCCAAAAAAUAGGAACAUCUCAAAAAAAAAUAAAAUAGAUCGGAGCUGUUAUGUUGAUGCAUUGGCCACUAAAACUUUCUAUGAUCUAGUAGUGGCACUUAGGCUUCUAUAGUGCUCACUAAUUUUAGGCCCCUAAGUGGCCACCAAAAUGUCAAAUUCCUAUAGAAGCCACUAAAAGUUGUCCCAGUAUCAGAGCACUCGAAAAACUGGUUAAGCCAAAAAGAAUCGAUAAUAUUAAUGGCGUGUUCAUCGGAAAAAACGAAAUUGCUUUGGAACGCAAAAAAAUGCUUCAAAUCGAAAGUUAAUAUGGUUUUGGAGCAACUUUGGCGCGCCGAAGAACACGAUUUUUGUUUCGAAGCGUGUGCCGUUUUUCCGAUGAACACAUCAGAAGCUUUUCCAUUUCAGAGAGCUUUCGAAAGGCAUCGCGAUUGUGAACGAAAACGGAGAAGUCGUUGGUCAUUCCCAGAAAGUGGCCAGAUCUGCGAUUGCUCAAGUUGUCAUUUCGAGAAUUGCGAUGGCGACUCCUACCUUUGGUACGAAUUUUUGAAUCAGUUUUAUUUUUCGAAUAAUUUAUUUUUCAGCUUUCAUUCCAAUUGUUGUGAACGCUCUCGAGCGCAGACCGUAUUUUAAGGUUAUAUUUAUUUCUGCUUCAUAAAUGGGUACUUAAAAAAUUUUUAUUGAAAAUUUUGAUGCAUGAUAAAGCUUUCAUUUGUGAAGUUUGGAAUUUCGAUGCGAAUUUAGAAAAUACUCGUCCUAGAUUAGUAUUUCUCAUAGUUAUUAUCUGCAAAAAUUUUUUUAUUUUUUUCUGGUAUAGAUUUAGGAAUUUCGCGUUAGAGGAUGAGGCUUGCAACCAACAAUCUUUAAGAUUAAAAAAAAAACUUGAGAAAAUAAAAAUUUGUCUACGAAAAAUCUCAUUCAAGGGAUUCAGACAGUACUUCUGCAACUUUUUAGAAAAUUAUUUUUUGAACAUAAACAAAAUAAAUCGAGUUCCGCUUAUCCUCAUCAGCGCAUUCUCAUUAGAAAAUCCAACACAGAAUUAUUUUUUGUGAGUGAAAUUUCUUUAGGCUAACCCGCGAAUUUUCUUGCCACUGCAAACGGCUCUUUGUGGCAUCGUGUUGUCGAUCUCAACGCCAGUUGGCUGUGCUCUUUUCCCGCAGUCAACUCCCGUCUCCCUCGAGCAACUUGAGCCUGAACUAGCCCACAAAAUCAAGAACCUUUCUCUACCCCCCAAACAGCUUUUUUGUAACAAAGGGCUGUAG